AUGAGAGCGAUGGCGCCUCAGCCUCCAGAGUCUCGCUUUGAGCCUUGCGCCUCCACAGCCUCACUGUUUCUAUAUGCACAGGGCUCGACAAUCCUGUGCCUGCACCAUGAUACGCUAGCCGUGGAACGUCGUUUCGAUAGCCACCAGGAAAAUGUCGAAUUCAUAUCAGUGGAUAAUGUGAGCGAGCGCGGUGCAGGUCGAUUGGUAGUCAGCUAUGAUGUGGGACAAACAGCGAUUGUAUGGGAUAUUUUCACCGGUACAGAGAUUGCCAGAUUUGCCUCAUUCGAGCAUUUGCGAAUUGCAUCGUGGAUGCGAAACGGUAGUGUUGCAUUUGGGAACGGAAAAGGCGAAGUGAUUCUAUUCGAGCCUCCAACUUCUGAGCAUAUCUCUGCACGCACAAUAUUCGAUCCAAUUACAGCUCUCGCACCAGCUACAGAUUGUCGGACAUAUGCGAUUGGGUACCAAAAUGGGUCAAUCCUGAUUGCGAAUCUUCUUCCCCAAUUUACCAUUCUCCACACACUAACGACCUCUCGCGAGCCUUCACCAAUCCUCUCGCUUGCUUGGCAUGCGUCUUCAUCCAAACAAAAGUCGGACAUGUUGGCAACUCAAUCUUCGAAUGGUGAUUUAAGGGUUUGGAGCGUGGCGAAACCACCCGGAAAAGAAUCACCACGGGUCAUUCGGGUAUUGAAACGAUCAGACUCGAAUUCUACUGAUCCCAAGUGGAUGUCUUGGUCAAAAAAUGGAAGAAUUAUUCAAUAUCUGGAAGGUGAAACUUGGUCCUGGGAUGUUCGAACAAAGCAUGUAACCUACGAGCCGAUACCCACGAUCGAAGGGGUUCGAGGCAUGGCUAAUUAUGGCCCCACGGCAACACUCUUCACUCUUGGUCCGCAGAACACAGUACAACAGUAUGAUCUCGAUAACCCGGCAAUGGUCGCCAACGUGCAACACGUCCCAGUUCCUUCCCGGCCUGUAGCAUCCGAGAAUGGCCGAUCACGAACAAUGUCCCCACGUCGCCUACAAGACCCUCCAAACAUCAGAGAAAAAGGACAUGGAAGAAGAACACCAUUUGAUGCAAAUGGAAUGGACAGUUGGAGAUACUCCACAACCUUCGGCAUCUUUCCAGUACGCGUCCUCUGUGUCCAUGUCCUCGGUGAAAAGCUCGCGUGCUGCGUCUCGAUUACGCAAUGA